AUGACGCCUCUAGUCACCAUCCAUGGCUUUUGCUUUGCCCAAAGGUAUGACCGGAGCAGGCUGUCCCUGAAGGAGAUCACCAACGUGCAGUACGUGUCCUGCAUGAACCCCACUGCAGGGAGCUUCACCAUCAACCCCCGCCUGCAGCGUCACUUCUGUGUCUUCGCUCUCUCCAACCCUGACCAGGAUGCCUUGGCCAGGAUCUACAGCACCAUUUUGGUGCAGCACCUGACCAGUGGGAAUUUCUCAGAGGCUGUGCAAAAAUCAGCCCAGCAGCUAAUUGCCCUCGCCCUGGGGCUGCACAGGAGGGUGGCUGCCACCUUCCUGCCAACAGCUGUCAAGUUCCACUACGUUUUCAAUCUGAGAGACUUCUCCAAUAUCUUCCAAGGCCUCCUGUUCUCUACCCCUGAAUGUCUGAAGGAACCCCAGGACCUGCUGAAGCUCUACCUGCACGAGUCCAGCCGGGUGUAUCGGGAUAAGAUGGUUGAAGCAAACGAUUAUAGUACCUUUGAUAAAAUCCAGAGGGAGAUGGUGAAGAAAUUCUAUGAUGACGUGGAAGAAACUUUAGAGCAGACCAAGCACAUGAAUAUUUUUUGCCAUUUUGCUAAAGGCUCUGGGGAACCUGCCUACAGGCCAGUCCCAACCUGGGAGCAGCUGAACCAGAUCCUCGUGGAAGCCUUGGACAACUACAAUGAAGUCAACGCUGCCAUGAACCUGGUGCUGUUUGAGGAUGCCAUGUGCCAUGUCUGCCGCAUCAACCGCAUCCUGGAGUCCCCCCGAGGGAACGCGCUCCUGGUGGGCGUGGGGGGCAGUGGGAAGCAGAGCCUGACCCGGCUGGCAGCAUUCCUGAGCUCCCUGGAGGUCUUUCAGAUCACCCUGAGGAAGGGGUAUGGCAUCCCUGACCUGAAGGCAGACCUGGCAAACCUGUACCUGAAGGCUGGUGUGAAGAACACGGGCACCGUGUUCCUGCUGACCGAUGUGCAGGUGGUGGACGAGCAGUUCCUGGUGCUGGUCAACGACUUCUUGGCAUCAGGGGAAAUACCUGAUCUCUUCCCUGAUGAGGAAGUCGAGAACAUCAUCAACAGCGUGAGGAAUGAAGUCAAAGGCCAAGGGUUGAUGGGCUCCAGGGAGACCUGCUGGAAGUUUUUUACAGAGCGGGCUCGGCGGCAGCUCAAGGUUGCUCUGUGUUUUUCCCCCGUUGGCUCCAAACUGCGCGUCCGCAGCAGGAGAUUCCCGGCCCUCGUCAGCUGCACCACCAUCGACUGGUUCCAGGAGUGGCCACGGGAGGCCCUGGAGUCCGUCAGCCUCUGCUUCCUGAGAGACAUGGGGGCUGUGGAG